AUGGCCAAAUCUUUGAGAAGCAAGCUGAAGUUGAGGGCCAAGUCGGUCAAGCGGAAGGGUGAAUUCACCGAUUUCGUCAACGAGAGAACAGCCAGACUUGCUGCCAGGGCCCAGGCUGCUCAGGAGAAGCAAAAACAAAAAAACGAGGAUGCCAUGGAGGAAGAGGAGGAGAAGCCCGAGAAGCCCAAGGAGGACUUGAAGAAAGUCAGCACCUCUGGUUUGAAGAACACCAGCAGAAUCAGAAAGCGUGGUUUGAAGAAGCGUGGUCACACGAAGAUUUCUCAGGUUUUUGAGAUGGUUAUAGACACGGCUGGCUCAUCGGGCAUGAGCUGA